UUUGACACGGUACGAUUCCUCCCCUCAAUGUACCAAUUGGUUAUAUCAAAAUGGACAAUCAAUUUUCACUGUUCUCCUAACGAACCUGUUUUAGCCCAAACCGGCCGGCCACGGCCCUAUAAAGGCAGCGAGCAGUUUGCAGAGACGCGGCUUCAAGCAGUUCCGGGGCACCUACCUAGCCAGCCGGCCACUGAACUUAGCUAGUCUAAUUCACUGCUCCUGAGCUUGGCACCGUACCCAGCAAGCGUAUAGUAGAGAGCAUGGCGGGCACAUCGUGGUCGUCGUCCUCGUCCUGCACGUCGUCGUUCGGGUCCCUUGACGACGAUGUCAUCGUCUGCGUCCUCAAGACCGACGAUGUGGGUGCCGCCGCCGCCGCCGCCGGGGAGGGAAGCGUCAAGUUCCUUUGCAGCUACGGCGGCAGGAUCCUGCCGCGCCACACCGACGGCGCGCUUCGCUAUGUCGGCGGCGACAACCGAGUCCUCUCCGUCGACCGUCCCCUCCAGUUCUACGAGCUGCAACGGAAACUAAGGGAGUUGUGCGGGUGGGAAGUGUGCCUGCGGUGCCAGCUGCCGACGGAGGACCUGGACGCGCUCAUCUCCGUGACGAGCGACGACGACCUCGCCAACCUGCUGGAGGAGUACGACGUGGCCAGCAAGGACUGCCUCCAGCCGCUCAAGAUCCGGGCGUUCCUCUUCCCGAGGACGCCGCCGUCCCUGCAACCGCGGUGCAGCCCGCCGUCCACCCCAGCGUUCGUGUCCAGGCCGUCGCCAUCGAACGCGCACCUCCGCCGGCAGAACACUUCCCCGGCCGCCGCUGCCCGCGUGUCUUCGUCACCGACGUGCGCGCCGCGGUGGUGGGCGGCGCCCCUGCACACCUUCCGCCCGGCGCGCGCGCACCAGCCUCAGCGCUACGACUGGCACGGCCCUGGUGAGGCGAGGCUGCAACGGUACCUCGUCCACAACGGCAGCCACUGGCAAUAACGGGACAUGAGCCGCUCUUCGUUCCCGACCACGGGAAGGACGGAGUGUACGGGAGGGCGCCGCGUCACGCAACGAGUGACAUGAAUAAGCUAGUGCUGUGGCGUGCGCGCAUGUGUUAUCCUGUGCACAAUUUAGAUGUAGACCGAUCUUCUUCUUUUUUUUUUGCAACACGAGAUGAGGUGUGCGGAUGGGUAUGGGAAACCACCAGAAAAAGGCAGUAGCGUUCCUCGAGUGGAGCGUUGAGCUAGUGGUGAUCCGCUCGGCUCGCUAGUGCGGGUGACGCCGAGGCGUUGCGUGCUCGCCUUCAUCGAUCUACAGGGUAUAGUAUUCAACUUGCGCUCUGGAGCGUUCCGAUC